GCUGUAGGGUAGGUGGUGUGUGUUACAGUGCUACUGUGUUUGGUGAGCUCAUGGUCAUGGGGUGCAGCAUGCUCCACGUCGUCGUCCCAUCUUCUCACCGAACGAGUCAUUUUUUGGUACAAACUCACAGCAGGAGUCAUGCCAUGCCUAUGUAUUAGUAUGUCUCUGGGUUUGGUGUGAGACAGUGACUCCCCAAAGCGCAGAACACAACACACAACAAUAAAAGAAACUUGUAAACAACAAGAACAACGGAACAUAGAUACACUUAAGCAUGCAAAGGAUCAAAACCUCAGAACGCACUUUGAUCUUCCCUUCCCACCCUCCUUUUCUCCAAGACCACCCCUUCCCUCUCUCCCACCUCGACACUGAUCCCAACCUCCACCUCACCUUCCGCUACCUCCGCGCGUACACCUCAACAACAACAACAACCUCCCUCGACCCCUUCCACGUCAUCUCCUCCUCCCUCUCCCACGCCCUCCCCCACUUCUACCCCCUCACCGCCACCCUCCGCCGCCAACAAACCUCCCCCCACCGCCUCCAACUCUGGUGCGUCGCCGGCCAGGGCAUCCCCCUCAUCCGCGCCACCGCGGACUUCACCCUCGAGUCCGUGAACUUCCUCGACAACCCGGCCUCGAGCUUCUUGGAGCAGUUAGUGCCCGACCCGGGACCCGAGGAGGGGAUGGAGCACCCGUGCAUGCUCCAGGUGACGGUGUUCGCGUGCGGGGGAUUCACCCUCGGCGCGGCGAUGCACCACGCGCUCUGCGACGGCAUGGGCGGGACGCUGUUCUUCAAUGCGGUGGCGGAGCUGGCGCGUGGGGCGACCCGGAUAACGUUGGACCCGGUUUGGGACCGUGCGAGGUUGCUGGGUCCCAGGGACCCGCCCCUGGUGGAUUCGCCGUUGAUUGGGGAGUUUCUGCGUUUGGAGAAGGGAGUUUUGCCGUACCAACAGAGUGUUGGUGGGGUCGCGAGAGAGUGCUUUCACGUGAAGGAUGAGUGCUUGGACAAUUUCAAGAGGACCUUGUUGGAGCAAUCUGGGUUGAACUUCACCGUUUUUGAGGCUCUUGGUGCCUACAUCUGGAGGGCUAAGGUCAGGGCCUCGGGAAUCCAGGCUGAUGAAAAGGUGAAGUUUGCAUACUCAAUUAACAUACGGAGACUGGUAAAGCCACCACUGCCUGGUGGCUAUUGGGGUAAUGGUUGUGUGCCAAUGUACGUACAACUUAGUGCCAAAGAUUUGAUAGAGAAACCCGUUUGCGAAACCGCAGAGCUAAUAAAAAAGAGUAAAAGCAAUGUCACUGAUGAGUAUGUUAAGUCCUACAUCGAUUAUCAGGAGCUGCAUUUUGCUGAUGGAAUCACUGCGGGAAAAGAGGUUAGUGGGUUCACGGAUUGGAGGCACUUGGGCCAUUCAACUGUGGACUUUGGGUGGGGUGGCCCAGUUACUGUUUUGCCCCUUGGAAGGAACUUACUUGGGAGUGUUGAGCCUUGCUUUUUUUUGCCUUAUUCAACAGCCACUUCAGAGAAGAAAGAGGGGUUCAAGGUUUUGGUGACUUUGAGAGAGGCUGCGUUGCCUGCUUUCAGAGAAGACAUGAAAGUGUUUUGCAAUAGCCAAGAGCAGUGGCUGAGCCACAUAUAGAUGUGGCUUGAGAGUUGAGCCAUUGAUUUGAUGUAAACAAGUGAAGAUGUUAGUUUUGCCAUUGAAUAUUAGAAUUCCCUUCAUAAUCAAUGGCACCCACUAACAUUUCCGCCCCUAUCAAUAUUAGAAUUCCCUUAAUAAUCAAAUAGUUUGUUUGUUGUUAUAAAACAUUGUUACUUUCCUUAAUUUAUUAUUGAUUUAAGUAUCAGAAUUUUUGCAUGC